AUGGUAAAGUUAGGCUGUUCCCGUGGUGUACCUGUGUUAGUGCCAGAGUCGGCAUCCAAGCAGCACUGGAGGCGGAUCGGCGCGCGUAGCGCGAAGGAGGCGCGGUCCUACUUCGCUACGACGCUGCGGCGGGCGUGGGGCGUGCACUUUGCGCGCGAGUUCGCUCGGCACCGCAUCCGACGCGUGGUGUUCGUGGGGGCCCCGCGGCGACAGCCGGGCAGGCCUCUCGCGACGGCCGAUGGCGACUGGCCGGCGCUGUCGGCGGGCGAGUUUGCGGCGCACGCGCUGCGCGUAGGCGGCGCGUGGGCGGGUGGCCCGCCCGGCCGUCGGUGA